GGCAGGCCUUAGUGUACAAGUUGAAGUUGACGAGGACGGUGCACGUCGCGCCGCCGCCCCCUCCGCCGCGCUCUGCAGUCUAUCAAAACGAACCAAAGAGAUCAAACAACCACGCGAGUGCAGUGUGCAAAAUAACGGAUAACCAUGACUUCGGAGGAGCCCCUACGAAUAUCGCAGGUGGGGCUGGCGGCGCGGUCCCCGGAGGGCCAUGCGGCCAAGGGGAUGGCCAUCAAGGGCCACGAGGACCUGUGGGUCGAGAUCCAGGCCAACACCUUCCGCAACUGGGUCAACGAGAACCUGCGCGGCUCGGGCCUGGGCCACGUCGCCGACCUGGCGCAGGACCUCCAGGACGGCACCAGGCUGUGCGCCCUGGUGGAGGCGCUCCAGAAGCGGCCGCUGCGCGGCUGGGUGCGCCGCCCGGGCAACCGGCACCAGCACCUCGAGAACGUGUCCUGCGCGCUCAAGGCGGUCGAGGCGGACGGCGUCAAGCUCGUCAACAUAGGAAAUGUCGACAUAGUCAACGGCAACCUCAAGUUAAUCCUGGGCCUCAUCUGGUCCCUCAUCGUCCGCUACCAGAUCGGACGAUCGAAAUUCCCGCCAAAGAAGCUCAUGCUCGCGUGGCUCAGGGCCGCGCUGCCAGAAUGCCGCGUCGACAACUUCACCUCCGACUGGAACUCGGGUCUGGCCCUCAGCGCCCUGCUGGACUACUGCAAGCCGGGUCUGUUCCCUCACUGGAAGGUCCUGGACCCCUCGGACAGGGUGGAGAACUGCCGAACAGCCAUGGAGAUCGCCCGGCGCGAGUUCAGCAUCCCCAUGGUCUUGGAACCGGAGUACCUCGCCUCACCGUACCUGGACGAGCUCUCCGGCAUGACCUACCUGUCGUACUUCAUGAAGGAGAACUCGCCCGGCUUCCACGCCACCCUCCGCUGGGUCAACAACCAGAUCCCGCAGGCCCCCGUCAGAAACUUCACCAGAGACUGGAACGACGGCCGCGCGCUCUGCACGCUCGUCAAGUCCAUGGGCGGCCCCGUGCCCGGCUUCAAAGACAUGGCCUUCGACCCCGACAGCUGGGAGAGCAACCUGAAUGCAGGCAUCCAGGGCGGCAAACGGCUGGGGGUGGAGCCCAUCCUGCGCGCCAAGGACAUGGCCAACAAGGAGGUGGAGCACCUGGGCGUCAUGGCCUACGCCGCCAACUUUCAGUGGGUCCGGCCGCGGUCCAAGCCCGGCGACAGGAUCGUCGCGUCGGCCGACUCGCACCACACCCGGGUGGACCAACAGACACACUUCAAGAUCGAGUUCCUGGAGGAUGACAUCGACCCGAGGGAGGUGUCCGUCGAGGUUGUAGGUCCCGGUGGCAGCAAAGUUGACUGCCGUCUGAACCUCGGUCCCCGGGGAGGCCCCGGAACUUUCAUACCAGUCAGAGUCGGCAUGCACAAGGUCAUCAUCAAACACGAGGGGGAGGCCGUCAAGGGGUCGCCCAUCCACUACAGAGCCAUGCCCGAGCUCACCAGCAUCGAGCACACCGGCAUGGAGCCCUGCGCCGUCGGCUCCAUCGUCGAGGUGUUGAUCAAUUCGAACGGAACGAAUACGAACGAGAUCAGCGUGGUGGCGCGCUCGCCCACUGGCCGCGAGCUGGACUGCCCGGUGCACGAGAACAGGGGCGUGCACAGCGCCACCUUCCAGCCCGACGAGGCCGGCGAGUGGACCAUCGGGGUCAUGCACGGCGGCCAGCACAUACAGGGCGGGCCCUUCACGUGCUUCGUCUUCGACCCCAACGGCAUCAAGCUGGAGAACAUGGACGGCGCCCAACCUCACGCGCCCUUCAGUUUCGUGCUGGACACCACGGCCACGGGCGGGCUCGGCGACGUGGAGCUGGACAUUGUGCACGAGCGGCGCACCAUCCCCCACCACGUGGAGCACCUGGGCGCCUCGCUGUACCGCGUCACGCUCAACACGGGCCGCGCGGGCAAGUACCGCGUCUACGUCUACUUCAACGGCCAGGACGUUCGCGGAAGCCCGUUCCCACUCCGGGUAGGGACACAGCGGUCACGAGAGAAGGAACGCAUCAGAGCAAACUUAGAAGAACGGGAGCAGCUCAAGUCCCCUCAACUCGUGGAGUCUGCCACUUCGCCAACGUUCAAGCUCUCCUCACCUUCCCCGGACUUGGAUCUUUACCAGUCCAGCAGUGCCUACAAGACAGACGCCUUCGAGUCCGACUACAAGUCGUCCAGCAAUAAGUACGACUCCAAGUACAGGACGACAGACUACGUCGACUCGGGCCGGUACAAGUCAGACUAUGACAGCAAGUACAAUAGCAGCAGCAAAUUCAAGUCAGACUACGUCACAGAGAGCAGACAAACGUCGUCUCUCGAGACGGGUCUGAGCCGGGCGCACAUCACGGACAGCCUGCUCAACGGGCGGUCCUCUCCUUACCGCCACUCCCCCUCACCUGUGCCAUCACCCUCCCCUUCGCCAUCACCCUCCCCCGCCCUGUACCGAGCGUCCAGCCCGCUGAGGGCGAGUCCCGCCAGCCCCAGCCUGCUGUCUCCCUCCUACCACCUCAACGGCGUGUCCGAGAAGAGGACGGAGAACACACGAGUGUCGUCGAUCCUGAGCCAGCGGCGGGGCUCGUGGGACAACAGGGACGUGGCGUACAAGUCGCAGCAGCAGUCAAGCACGGGGAUUCUCGAGGACAAGUACUCCUCCUCUAACCUGAUAACCCGGGAGCAGCAGCAGUCCUCGGGGCUGUCGAAGCGCGUCGUCACCCAGCACCAGGUCGACCACGUGAACGCCAAGCGCAUGGCCUCGCCGCUGCCCUCGCCGCACCCCGACGACCUGGACGCGCCCGUGCACGGCGACGCCCUGCGCCUCGUCUCCGUGCACCGGACCGCGCACUUCACCGUGGACACGUCCUUCGACGGCCACCCCGCCGCAGACCCCAGCCAGGUCGUCGUCGAGAUUCUGUCGCCCUCCCGCCGCUCCGUGCCCGUACGCCUCUCUCGGGGCGCUCGCCGCGAGCUGUUGGAGGCCACAUUCACCGCCAACGAGGUGGGCGAGCACGUCGUGGACGUGCACGUCCGGGGUGAGCAGGUCCGCGGCGCCCCAUUCCGCACGCACGCCUACAACGCUCGCGCCAUUCAGGUGGGGCGUAUCCCCAACGGUGUCCUGGGCCAACCAGUUGAGUUUGAGAUCGAUGGUUCGGGCGCUGGCUCCGGCAACCUGGAGAUCCUGGUGAACGGCGGCCACGUGACGAGCUCGGUGCGCACCCUGGGCAACCAGAGGUUCCGCGCCUCCUUCGUGCCACACGAGCUGCUGACGCACGUCGUAGAGAUGAAGUUCAACGGCGAAACUGUGCCAGGCAGCCCGUGGCAAGUCGCAGUCAUGGCGGGUCCCAAGAUGUCGGUCCUCGGCGAGGCAGUGCGGCUGGUGGCCGCCGGGACCACGGCGGCCUUCGAGCUGAGCGCGCUGGGCUUCAAGCGCAGCGACAUCGACGUUCACAUCAUGAGCCCCUCGAAACGGCCGCUGAGUGCGCGCCUCAUGGAGGAGGGCGGAGGCAUGUUCCGCAUCGAGUUCACCCCCACGGAGGUGGGCAGCCACCUGGUCGAGGUGUCGCUGGCCGGGGAGAAGCUCGCCGCCGGCCCGCUCGUGGCCAAGGUGUACAACUCGAGCCUCAUCCGGGUCACCGAGGUGGGCAGCGGUGUGGUGGGGCAGCCCUGCCAAUUCAGGGUCGACGCCAGCCAGGCGGGGGAGGGCCAGCUCGAGAUCUCCAUCAACGAGGGAGAGGUGCCGAACCACGUGCAGGUGGUGGGUGGCGGCCGCUGCCUCGUGAGCUUCACGCCAGAGCAGACCAAGCCUCACCUCAUCGACAUCAAGUUCAACGGCGAGACCGUGGCGGGCUGCCCGUUCGUGUGCGCCGUGUCGGACACGAGCCGGGUAUCGCUGACGCUGCGCAACCUGGAGCUGGUGCCCGUCGACGAGGUGGCGCGCUUCCACAUGGCCGUGGACGGGUCGGGCAGCGCCGAGCUCGCCGUGUCCGUGCGCGGGCCCACCGCCGAGCUGCCCGUCAAGGUGACGGGCAACGUGCACUCGGGCUUCACGGCCGAGUUCACGCCGCGCGACGUGGGCGCGCACUCCAUCACCGUCGAGUACAACGGCCACCCUGUGAGCGGGACGCCCUUCGUGGCUAAGGCGUACGACGCCAAGCGCGUGCUGGUCGGGCCACUGCCCCAGGGCGCCGUCGGCAAGACUUUGCAGUUCAUGGUGGACGCGAGUGAGGCUGGCGAGGGCAACCUGGAGAUCACCAUCAGCGCCCGUGGCCACAACAUCCCCACGCAAGUGCACCCCCAGGGCAACGCGCGCUUCGCCGUCAGCUUUGUGCCCAUCGAGCCGACCGACCACGUGAUCAGCAUCAACUUCAACAAGGAGCCCGUCCCCGGGUCGCCUUUCCUGGCCCGUGUGGCAGGAGACUCGCCGCACCACAUCACGGUCAGCGGGCCGUCUCUGUCAUCGGCCGCUGUGGGAAAGACUUCCUACUUCACCAUGAACAACGUAGGCGGCAGCGUUGAGGACAUCGAGGUCAACGUUGAGGGAAGGAACUCCCCCUACAGAAUGCGACGUUACUAGCACCCAACUCGUCACUGCACACACGACUCACUGUCACUCCCGACGCGGACAUUAUUUCGACUAUAUAGACUUAUUACGAACCAUCUUUCUCCUUCUUUCCUUUUUUGAGCAUUCUCCUAGUGAUUAACUCUAACGCGAAAUCCUUCGCACAUCCUCCACUUUUCCUUCUUUUCCUCGCAUGUUUCUCUAUGGACGCUCAUUAUAUUUUUGUUUGUUUUGAUUCGAUCUCCUAAUGCACGGCUUUGGACUUGGCAUGCUAGCCGUUCUGAACCUCUUGCAUGCUUUGCGUUCCCUUUUCGUUUUAUACAACUAAUUCUAGUCAGAUUAUGAUGCUGAAGAAAAAAGUCAUGGCGUAUGUAUCAUUUGCCAUCUUUACAUUCAUUGUAUGUACUCGUAUAGGGUGAUGCGCAGACGACAGGUUUCAUCUGCUUUAGUCGUCACAUUUUAUCACGCCAUAUAUUCCCCGUGCACUGAACAAUAUUCCGUCAGACUGGAACUUCUGACGGAGUCUCGUCAAGCACUCAGAACAUAGUCAUGACUAGUCUCAUUGCACCGCUCAACGCGGUACUUGAGUAUUGUCCUAUUUCUUAUUUGUACAUAAAGUCGAUUCGUAUUGCUCCCCACUGCCAAUUGAUUGGGAACUUGAUCACUGAAUCGUCUCCCUACAAGGUUACAGCGAUUGAGUGAUUGAACACCCAAUGAACAACAGAGGACUUCUCCCGGGUUAUGUAGCUGGUGAAGGGUAUAUGACAUCAUUAACCACAAAGUAUUUGCUCACAUCGCGAGGUGCCUCGCAAGACAACGCCAGUAGCGUAUUUCUUUAGGCAAAAUUCGCUCCUUGAUGCUAACUAUUACGCGAUAAGUUUAACCCAUGCGAAAGCGCGAUUUAGUGUUAUCUUAGGGUAGGAAAUAACCGUACUGAUAAACCAUAACCACAAGGUGCAUCGGUAGACAUGUUUCCCGCCACACUAGUACCUAGUGCCUCUGUGCGCCUCCGCCUGUCUGUCCGUCUGCUCCUUCCUCUCCCCAUACCUGCCUCUCAGCCGGCGCUCUCUACUAAUCAAAGGACUCGCCAGUCACGUCUCCUCGGCCAUCCUUAAUCAUCAUAUUAAUAUGUUUCCACUGAGC